GUCAGAAGUGAUGUUUUAUUUGUGUGGUCGUGACUGCAUCAUAAGAUCAAAAAGUACAGUUAGGCAGAGAAAGUUAAAGCAAGCUAACUCUCUUAGGAUGACUUAACUUUACCCACAGUGAUAUAACGUUAAAUAGGACCGGACAUGACUGAUAUUUUCAUAAUUUGACUUCAUGCGUCAGAUGAAAUAAGCUAUGAAUUUGUCACUGUAAGCGUGCUCAUGACAGAACAGAGUCGUGAGCUCAGAGCGCUGUAACGCGUUACAGUAAUCUGUUACUCCGGAGCCCUGCCUCUACUAUCUCCGUCUGCCGCUUUGUCUACGCAUCCAUGUGGGCUCUUCCCCCUCGCUGUGUCGGUGCUGCGCCUCUCCCGGCUCCGCCAGCCUCUCUCAGCCAUUGGCCUCGGACACCAUCCGUCCCCCCCCCACCAACCCCCCUCCACAACAAUAGACCCCCACGCGCACACCCGCACGCACCGCAUCCACUCUCACGCGCCGCCACAGACGCGCACAGCGCUUUCGAGGAGCGACGGUGAAAUGUUGGUGAAACUGCGGCUUACCGACUCCUUUCUUUCCAGCUUCACAUCGGCGAGGAGCGCAGGGAAGCGUCUGCUGAGAUGCGCUCAACCGGGGACGCGUCGGAGUUGAAAUAAGGGAAACACGGGGGGGUCGGGGGAGGAAAAAAAAAAAAAAAAAACAGAAACAAGAGGGGGGAGAUUUUCGUGCGAGGAUGACUGACUGGUGACAAAGAAAACGGGGAGCCCCUUUGGCUUCGGUUGUCAUCACCCGCUAGAACUUGACGGAAGGCGUUUCGGGGGACCGGCUUGCUCUUCUCACUUGGACGGCCAAAGAUUUUUUGUCAUCAUAAUUUUUGGAGGGGAACCAUGCCUGUCCGGAGGGGUCAUGUUGCGCCACAAAACACAUUUUUGGGAGUAAUUAUUCGGAAAUUCGAGGGACAAAAUAAGAAAUUCAUCAUAGCCAAUGCCCGUGUGCAGAACUGCGCUAUCAUCUACUGUAAUGAUGGCUUCUGCGAGAUGACGGGCUUCUCCAGGCCGGACAUCAUGCAGAAGCCGUGCACUUGUGACUUCCUCCACGGCCAGUUCACCACCCGGCACGCGGUGGCCCAGGUGGCCCAGGCGCUGCUGGGCUCCGAGGAGCGCAAGGUGGAGAUCACCUACCACCGCAAAGAUGGUUCGGACUUCCUGUGCGCCACACAUAUCAUCCCAGUGAAGAACGAGGAGGGCGUGGUGAUGAUGUUCAUCCUUAACUUCGAUUACAUCCUGGACGAAGGCAGCAGUGACUCACUGGAGAGACUCAACCACACCUCACCAUCCAAAGCUGACCAAUGGAAAGGGAGAUUCUUUCGCUUCCGUUUCCCAGCCUUACCUCUCCUGGGCAUCAGUAAGCAGUCCCUGCCCCAGGAAGACCCCGACGCCGUCAUGGUAGACUCCCCUCGCCACAGUGACGGCUCGGUGGCCACACGCGACUACCAACUUCCCACCACCCGCGAGAGCUGCAGUCCCUCGUACGCCAACGACACCCGUGCCCUCAUCGGCCCUAGCCAUUGCUCCACCCCCGUGUCCGGGCCUUUAGACCACUCGUCGCCUAAGGGCCCCUGGGACCGGGUAUACCCGGACCAGGCUGUGGCCCAGACGCAGCACCAGAGCCAGGAGAACACACUCGUCGCAGCUCCUUCAAUCCCGGGCCUCACUCCAACCGCCUCCAGAGAGAGUGUGUGCAGUAUUCGCAGAGCCUCCUCCGUACAUGACAUGGAAGGCUAUGGGGCCAACUCCAAGAUGGUGUUCAGGGACAGACAUGCCAGUGAAGACAAUGGUCGCAAUAUUAAAGUAUCUCGCUCCUGGAUGGCUGGGGGGCCGCUCAGUCAGAUCAAAUCCAGCCUGCUCGGCUCCACCUCUGACUCGAACCUCAACAAGUACAGCACCAUCAACAAGAUCCCCCUCAUCACACUCAACUUCUCCGAGGCCAACAAUGAGAAGAAGUGCCCCUCCCCUCCGUCAUCUGAGAAAACCAUCAUCGCUCCAAAGGUCAAGGACCGCACGCACAAUGUCACCGACAAAGUCACGCAGGUUCUUUCUCUGGGUGCAGACGUGCUGCCUGAGUAUAAGCUCCAAACACCGCGAAUGGACAAGUGGACCAUCCUCCAUUACAGCCCCUUCAAAGCAGUGUGGGACUGGCUCAUCCUGCUGCUGGUCAUCUACACGGCCAUUUUCACCCCCUACUCUGCUGCCUUCCUCCUCAACGACAUCGAGGAGCAGAGGAGGCGGGAGUGCGGCUACUCCUGCUCCCCCCUCAACGUGGUGGACCUCAUCGUGGACAUUAUGUUCAUUGUGGACAUCCUCAUAAACUUCAGGACCACGUACGUCAACGCCAACGAGGAGGUGGUCAGCCACCCAGGCAAGAUCGCCAUCCACUACUUUAAAGGCUGGUUCCUCAUAGACAUGGUGGCCGCCAUCCCGUUUGACCUGCUCAUCUUUGGCUCAGGAUCAGAUGAGACCACCACUCUGAUUGGCCUGUUAAAGACAGCCCGUCUCCUACGGCUGGUACGAGUCGCCCGUAAGCUGGACCGCUAUUCAGAGUACGGUGCUGCCGUCCUCAUGCUGCUUAUGUGCAUUUUUGCCCUCAUCGCCCACUGGCUGGCCUGCAUCUGGUACGCCAUUGGCAACGUGGAGAAGCCUUACCUGGAGCAUAAGAUUGGCUGGCUGGACAACCUGGGCGUAUCGAUAGGGAAAAAGUACAACUACAGUGACCCCAGCUCAGGCCCCUCCAUCAAAGAUAAGUACGUCACGGCGCUGUACUUCACCUUCAGCAGUCUGACCAGUGUGGGCUUUGGGAACGUCUCCCCCAACACCAACUCAGAGAAGAUUUUCUCCAUCUGUGUCAUGCUCAUUGGAUCUCUAAUGUACGCCAGCAUCUUUGGGAACGUGUCCGCCAUCAUCCAGAGGUUGUAUUCAGGUACGGCCAGGUAUCACCUCCAGAUGCUACGGGUCAAAGAGUUCAUCCGCUUUCACCAGAUCCCGAACCCGCUGAGGCAGCGGCUGGAGGAGUACUUCCAACACGCCUGGACGUACACCAAUGGCAUCGACAUGAACAUGGUCCUGAAGGGUUUUCCAGAGUGCCUGCAGGCGGAUAUCUGCCUCCACCUCAACAAGAACCUCCUCCAGGGCUGUAAGGCGUUUCGCGGGGCCACCAAGGGCUGCCUCCGGGCCCUGGCCAUGAGGUUCAAGACCACCCAUGCGCCCCCUGGAGACACCUUGGUCCACAGCGGGGACGUGCUUACUGCUCUCUACUUUGUGUCUCGCGGCUCCAUCGAGAUCCUCAAAGAUGACGUUGUAGUGGCCAUCCUGGGCAAGAACGACAUUUUUGGCGAGUUGAUCCAUGUCUUUUCCAAGCCCGGGAAAUCCUGCGCAGACGUGCGGGCGCUGAGCUACUGCGACCUCCACACCAUUCAGAGGGAGGAGAUCCUGGAGGUGCUGGACAUGUAUCCAGAGUUCGCCGACCACUUCCUCACCAACUUGGAGCUGACCUUUGACCUCCGUGAUGAAAACCGCAAGAUGAGCACCCAAGCAACUGAUUCCAAUGUGGACGAAAUCAAGUGUCCAAGACGAGUGUCCUACAGAAGGAAAUCCUCCACAGGCUGCUCCCACAACAAGGAGCAAGUAGCCUCCUACUGCAACACCAAGAUGUACGCCUCCUCAGCCGCCCAGGAGAGGAGAGAGUCCGCCGAGGACGGCGAAGACGAGGAGGAGGAUGAGGACGAGGAAGGCAGGGAGGAGGAGGAGGAGCAGAGGCCCUUGUGUUCUGGCGUGUUGGGCUACCCGGUGGUGAGGGACCACACCCUGGGGCUCGGGCUGAGCGGCGCUGCAGACGCACAGGCUGGAGACAACACACAGAGCCAGACAUAUAAAGAGCACCAAUCAGAGGAGUGGGUGCGUCAGCGUCCCAAUGAGGUUGCGGAGGAGUUGGCCCAGUGUCAGGAGACACCGGCCAGGGAGGAUGACAGCGACACGGAUCUCACCUACGGAGAGGUGGAGCAACGGCUGGACCUGCUGCAGCAGCACCUCAACAGACUGGAGUCCCAGAUGACGUCAGACAUCCAGGCCAUACUGCAGCUCCUCCAGAGGCAAACCACGGCCGGUCCCCCCGCCUACAGCACCGUCACCUCCAGCCCCGAGUACCAGAGGCCGGCCAUCAGAGUCCAGCCAGUGCCUGCAGUCCAGACAGAUCUCAGCCUCGCUCCCGCUCCGCCUCAGCCACAGAGCCCCGGCCCAGAAAAGGCCCAGAACAAUUCCAAAGAAACCUCCCCGGUCCUCCUUCACACAGAGACUCUUCCAGACGGGAACUUCGCCGCCACACACACAGAGCAGAGACACACACACAACAACAGCGCGGACUCUCUAGAGCAGCAGCCUCCGAGGUUCCCCUCGGGCCGACAAGCCUCUCUACCUGACGUCCCCAGCAGCUCAGGAACGUUGGGACUCCACAGGCCAGUUUCUGACCCGGGGCUUCCAGGAAAGUAGACUGCCGGUCUUCUCUCAAAGCUUGACUCAGGGUCUAAGAAAGAGACUGAAUAUGCAAAGGAAACAAACUGUAGACUUUUCUUCCAUUCCUUUUGGGAAAAUUCUGCCCUGUCCUUCCAACUCUCUGUUGUAUAAAGUCCAUUUAUACAGAGGUAUUUAUACACUAUAUUACUAAACAUAUGUAGAGUCAUCAUCUACCGUGUACAUACUCCAAUAGAACACUGCCAGCAACACGAGGCACCUGAUGUGCUUUUUCUAAAGAGAGAUAUGCAUGUUUCUGUUUCUCAUGGUUCCUUUUAGUUUCUGGUGCAUGUUCCUCACACACACUGCAAACUCACCGGGCAAUCAGGUGUGAUCUUGGCAUGCUUACAGACUACUGUAGCUAUCAAGUCUCAUUUUGUACGACUCUCCCCCUCUCCGUGGGGACAAAAAGCUACUUGAAACUCCCUCCGAGGCAUUUCUGUACUCCACACCGCAGCUUUGAAGCUCAUCUUUUAUCUGCAGCUCCGAAACGGUCGGCGACAAUGGAGGUCUGUCUGUAUAUUUAGCGUGCCUACUGUACACAACAUUGCCACAAAAUCACUUCUUAUUCAGCUCAAAGUCCAGACCGCAGUGGAACAAUAAUGUGUGUCGACAUCCCAUAGCACAACAAGACUCUUGUCAGUCUUUGAGAGCAAUAAUGAUGAAACGAACUGACUUUAAUACGCUCUGGUGGCUAUUUUAUACAAACCAGAGCAAAGAGGAAAAAAAAAAACAAACAGCAUUUUAUGUUGUGAAUUUAUUUGUUAGGAUCCGUCUCAAACAUCAGGGCGAUUCAGUGGGUCACUGUAAAUGUUCAACACAACAAACUGAAUGCUUAAAUUGUGGAUUUUAGUAGAUUUAAAAACAUAGAACCACCUUAUAACCACCUGCAUCGUGUCAAUAUUACGUAAGCUUGGUUGUGGGGUGUUUGCAGUCACAGUCAAGAUGAGUAAUGGACAUUAACGCCAUGGCAGUUUGGAGAUUUUAAUGACUUCUACUAAUACCGUUACAUCAUCUGUAUCGGCCAGUAAAAGCUUUUCAAAUCAAACAUCAUCUGCUGUGAGACUUGUGAUCGUCUUAGCUUACCGCCCGUCCUUUUUGCAGUCAGCAUUGCCCACUCUCCUCACUACAGCACCUCAUGAACAUGGAGCGGUAACCUCCAGACAUGGCAGCAAACAGGAUUCUGCUCUCACCGCGUGUCUCCUGUAGAUGUUAUUUUUAAAAACCUUUCAAUUACAUGUUUUUUUUCUCAGCAACUAGUUACUUCCCAACAUCCACCAAAACACAGCUCUGCAAGUCACUUCAUGUAUAUUUUUGACCCACCUUGUAGAAGUACAUUCCUCGAUCAUUCUGUCACAGAAAAAGAAAGGUUGUAGAAAUGAUUAAAAACCCCAAUUUGCCCUGAUUUAAUGUCCUCUACAAGUGUUUAUGUAAAUGACUGCAACCGUCAGACAGGAAGUGACGUCCUGAAUCUUCUUCACAGCCAGAGGGGAACUCUUUGACUAUCGCGUGAUAGUUUUUGGUUGCAUGCUUUAGGUCUUCCAUUAUCCUCUUUAACAAGUACAAUUUAAUCAUCACUAACGACGCAUCUUCAGAAAAAACAUAAAACAUAAAAACAAAAAAAAAAGUUCAUGUUUGGGGCCGAGGACGCAGCUCAGCCUUCAAUAGCCUUAGCUUUAUAAGCCUGCUCUAGCCUUUACAGACAACAUGGAUCCAAUGCAACAGACAACCUGCUUCUCCACCAUCACACGUGUAAAUGUACUGAACCUGAACGUUUUUAGGCUGAACUGCAUGACGAAAAAUUAGCCAUUUUAGAUUCCUUAACUACACGAAUUUCCCACACGAGCUCAUGUAUUGCAUGGAGACUGCACUCGAACUUAAUUAUUGAAAAGGUCUCAAUCAGCUGUGUGUUACAUGUAUCGACGCAUAAGGUCCAGCACAUAAAACUCCACCAGAGAUUUAGUAAGAACGGUUAGACCUAUUUUUCUAAAACAAAGUAUUUAAUUUGCCAUUAUUUUUCUAUGUGACUUGUUUUUUUUUUUUUAAAACAGCCCCUGGUGUUAGUUAGAACGGUGUGGACUGCUGGCGGGAUGAUGAAAGUGAUGAAUGCACUGCAGAGCCUCUCAAUGUAGCAGCAAGACGCCAGCGACGGGCGACACUUUGAGCUUUGCGCUGUUGAAAUAGUUUGUCUCGAGUUGAUAUUGCACAUUGAUUUUCAUGUUCCUCCAUUUUUCUGUCUGAACUUAUUCAACUCCUUACUGUCACAUGAAGUCCAAUGGAAACCUCCUCACCCCCCGGUAAUAACGUCAAACGCUCAUGUUCCUACACUUCGAGAGGAGCCCAAGUGAAGAGGUGACGGCAGGAUUGAGACGGACUACACAGAUGUUUCCAGCAGAACGCGGGGUGUUUUCUUUGAUAAGCUUUCUUUCCAGAGCACAGAUGUAGAACAAAAGUUGCUGAGGCCUAACUCGACACGUCCAACGUCCUGAAAAGAGUCGUCCACUGAACUUUCAUGGGAUUUGCAAACUUUUGCACAGAGAUUAGAAAAACUUGCUGUACUGGAUAUAAAUGUCACUUUUUAAAUCUAGUGCUGUUCACAAUUGUUUUUAUGCAUUUUUUAAAUGUUUGCCACUGUAUUUUAUACAAUGCAACACUUAACAGCUAAUUUGAAUGUUUCCGUUCUUAACUAUAUUUAAAGAAAAUAAAUAUAUUGUGUAAAUAGACUGGGGAAAAAAAUGCGCAAUUGUAUAAAUUAAUAAACAGAAUGCAUACUGAUUAAAAAGUGUUUAUUGUGAGUAACAAAAUAUGACUUUUACUACAACAAUGUGUCAUGCAGAGCUGACUUUUUACAUGAAAAUCUGAACAGAAUGUUUACAGCAUUUGUAGCUAUAUAACAAUAAUAGUUUCAUAUCUCAGUAUUAUUAAUAACAGGUGUCACUGUGGAUUUAACACAGUCACUUUGGCUUGUUAUGAAGCUAAACUACAUCUAUGAUCUACUGUUCUUUUAUAAAAUAAGUGCACAGAAUAUCAAACAUGACAAAUCAUAAGUCAUGAUGCUUCCAUUACUGUAAAGUUAUACUUUUAAUAUAUUAGAACAUACAUUCGGAGAUUAUAAUGGCACAAUAGGUAAACAGGAUCCUUAUA